AGAGGCUCAGAAUUAGGCAGUGGAGAAUCAACCCCAACACCCUCGUGCCAUCCAUGAGCCCAGGGACAACAUGAAGACACCACCUCCAAUGUCCCGUGUGUCUGGACCCACGGAUGCAUGAUGGCUGAGGCAGCCCCACUACUACUGCUGCUGCCUUUUCUAUUAAUGGGUUCACAGGGACAAGUGACCCAAUUGAAGUACCAGGAGGGGCAGACACUCAGAGUGAGUUGUAUCUAUGAUCCCCAGACAGCUGAGAACAGGUGGAAAACCUGGUGUAAAGUGAGAGGGAAUGGAAAAUCGUGUGAUAGACUGAUUACUGCAAAGUCAUUCUUCACUUGGGAACUAAAUGACCUACGAGUCUCCCUGAAGGAUGACCCCUCCUUUGGUACCAUCACCAUCACCAUGUCUAACCUCAAGGUGAAGGACUCAGGAACCUAUCUGUGUGGAAUCUAUGACUCUGUCAACAACAUUAUUUAUGAUACCCGGACAAUCAGCUUAGAGGUUUCUUCAGCCACAAUAUUGAUGACCACCAAGUGUUCUCGGCCUACCACUGAGAUACCUCUCAGCACCAAACAUCUUCAAACUACCACUGAGAUAACUUUCACCACCUCUGCCACCCCCUUGGCUACCAGCAGUCCAAGAGACAAAGAGAAAUUCAUCAUUUGGGGCUCUGUGCUGGCCUCUUUGCUCCUUGUCGGGCUCCUCAGUGUGGGCAUCGUGUACAUCGUGAAAAUCUCCAGAAAACCAGGGACAGGUGAUGAUGACUGCCACCAUGUCUAUGAUGACCUUGAGGAACAGAAGAAAAAGGCCAGGGAUAGCACCAUAGAAAUGCAAGAAGAGGGUUCUGAAGUCAUCCAAUAUGCCUCGGUGAUUCAUGGAACCCAGCUCAGCCUUGGAGAUUCAAUCUAUGCCAAUACACAGAUGGGGCACAACCCUGGUCCAACUCCUAUCCCCAGUGAGCCUGUGGAAUAUGCCAGCAUCGCAAGAACUGGACAUCAGCUUCCCAAAUAAGUUUCCCCUCAAGAGGCAGUGGUGAGGGACUGGGUGGUCAUUGAAGGACCUACAUAAUAAAAAACCUCAGGUUUUUAAGGGAUAGGGGACUUGGGAGGCAUAGGAGGGAAAGCAUGAGGAGACCUAGUUCUUGUCAUUGAGGUUCUAAUAGGUUCAUUGGGGACACUAAGGCAGGAAAUGAUUUGAGAAUAACUGAAAAUUCAAUAUAUUAAUAUAUUAAUGGACUGACUAUCUUAUACAUUAUGGACUGAUUUCCCCAUAUUAAUAUGUUAAUGGGCUAAUUUACCCACCACAAAUUGAUGGUGCAUAACCACAGUUGGGUCUUCUCUGAUGCUCCAUCAAUUCUUCCUUCCUCAAUCUAUCCCUCCCUAUAUGAGGGAUUCUGACUCAGUAGACCCACUUACCCCUUCCCUACCCCUACCACUCCCAAGGAUUAAUCAGUCCCAUGUGAAACCUUGAAUCCUUAGAAGUGAGAACAAGGACACUCUGUGAAGCAGAGUUACUGUAUAUGGAGGAGAGAAUGAUGAGGGUGUUGGUACAGAGGAAGGGACAGGGUACUAAGAAGACAGUUUUUUUUUCCAACAUCUGAGAGCCUUAGAGCAGAGGGAAGGAGAAUGGCAGAGACAAGUAACAAGAGAUGUUCUUCCCAGCACUUAGUGAAAUGGAAGAAGAGUCAGAAAAAGGGAAGAAAUUGAAUGGUAGGAUACAGGUUCAGAUAGGGAGGGUUUCAGAUUCCAGACCUAGACAGCUGUCUGUGGCAUCAAACGGGAUAACUCUACCAAGAAUUUCCCUGAAACAUAUCUUUUGGAAAGAACUAAGUCAAUAAAGCUCAGAAAACAACUUAUACCAAAGUGUUCUUGAGCUAAUCUGGAGGAGAGACAUAUUAUAAAUGAGAGUUUUCUGUAUCCCUUGUGUCAUAAAUAUUUGUUAUACCAGAACCAAGUAAAGUUUGGGAUAAUGUUA